AUGCUACAACUAUAUAAGAAUGAUAUUGCUAUUCUUCAUUUAGCUGAACCGCUUGAUCUUGACGCAAAUCCAUUUCUUACUCGAACUUGUCUUCCGUCUCGAAUCAAUUCAACAGAAGAUUUCAUCGAAUAUCCAUCAAAUGGAACCAUGCUGGUUGCUAUAGGUUGGGGUAUUACAAAUCAACUGGAAAACAUGGAACCUCAGGCACUACGACAAUUGAGUAUCUAUGCAAUUCAUCACAAUGAUUCGACAUGUGCAAGAUCUAUCGGACAUGUUAAUGUACAAUUUUGUGGAGGAUUGUAUGAAGGUGGAAUAUGUUAUGGUGAUACUGGUGGUCCAAUUUUCCAGUGGUUAGGUGAUAGUUGGGAACAAGUUGGCAUAUCCUCGUAUGUGAGGAAUGGAUGUGCAUCGAUAGGUUAUCAAAGUGUUUUCACAAGACUCGUUUCUUUUUACGAUUGGAUUGAUCGAGUUAUAAAUCGAAGUAAUUAUACAAGUUCAACAACACCAGUGACAAGAACAACAGCUGUCAGUCGUCCACCAACUGUUUACAGAUGUAAUUCGAAUAAUGUAUCAUGUGGAUGUGGUUUAACAAACGUUGCACUGACACCAUCAAGAAUAGUUGGUGGCGAAGAAGCAAUUCCAUACAGUUGGUCAAUGAUUGUAUCACUCCGUUACGAUUGUCUUCGGAAUGGCAAUUUGACAACUCAUUGUUGCGGUGGAAGCAUUCUAAACAAAUAUUAUAUUCUUACAGCUGCUCAUUGUGUUGAUAAAAUAAAUCAAUCAUCAAUUUUAUCACAAAAUAUUACUAUUGCUGCCGGAUUGCAUAAUCUAACUGAAAUAAAUCAAACGAUUCGGCGUGUUGAUCGAAUUUUUAUUCAUUCUGGUUAUAUAGGAGAGAUAGAUCUAUUUAAAAAUGAUAUUGCUAUACUUCAUUUAAUCGAGCCUCUCGACCUCGAUACAAAUCCACGUAUUACUCGAACUUGUCUUCCGUCUCGAAUGAAUACGAAAGAAGAUGUUAUGCAAUAUCCUUCGAACGGAUCGAUGUUGGCUGUUAUCGGUUGGGGUCUCUUAAAUAGACUAAACAACGUGAAACCUCAGCUGAUGCAACAAUUGAACGUUUAUGCGGUUCAUCAUAUACAUCCUACAUGUGCACAAUAUAUUGGUCGUGUUGAUGUACAAUUCUGUGCCGGAGUAUAUGAUGGUAGUAGAGGUCCAUGCAACGGGGAUUCUGGUGGGCCAAUCUUGCAAUGGCUAGGUGAUCAUUGGGAGCAAGUUGGAAUAGCCUCCUAUGUAGUAAGGGGUUGUGCAGCAGUUGGCUAUCCAAGUGUUUAUACCAGAAUCGCUUCUUUUUACGACUGGAUUCAAUGGAUCAUAAAUCCAAACAAUUAUACAACAACUACAACGACCGUCGCCUAUCGUCCACAAGCCGUCUACAGCUGUAAUAACAGGAAUACAUCAUGUGGAUGUGGAAAUAGAAACGUUGCUUUUAUACAGUCACGAAUAAUCAACGGCGACGAAGCUAUUCCAUACAGUUGGUCAAUGAUUGUAUCAAUCCGAUAUAAUUGUUUUCGUGAUGGAAAUAUUAAAGCGCAUUGUUGUGGUGGUACUAUUCUAAACGAAUAUUAUAUUCUUACGGCUGCUAAUUGUGUUGAUCAAAUAGAUCACUCAUCCAUACUAUCGCAUAAUAUUACCAUUGUUGCUGGAAUUCAUAAUUUAACAGAAAUCAAUCAAACAAUUCGACGUGUCGAUCAGAUUUUCAUCCAUCCUAAAUAUGCAGGACAAGCACAAUUGUAUAAAAAUGAUAUUGCUAUUCUUCAUUUAGCUGAACCGCUUGAUCUCGAUACAAAUCCAUUUAUUGCACGAACCUGUCGCCCACCUCGAGCCAAUUCGCCAGAAUAUGUCCUAAGAUAUCCAUCAAAUGGAUCCAUACUAGCUGCAGUCGGAUGGGGUACUUUCGAUAAGCUUGCUUUCAGAAAACCUCAGUUGCUGCAACAAUUGAGUAUCUAUGCAAUUGAUCACAAUGAUCCAACAUGUGCAAGAUCUAUCGGACAUGUUAAUGUACAAUUUUGUGGAGGAUUGUACGAAGGUGGUAAAGGAAUAUGUUAUGGUGAUACUGGUGGUCCAAUUUUCCAGUGGUUAGGCGAUCGUUGGGAACAAGUUGGCAUAUCCUCGUAUGUAAUGAAUGGAUGUGCAUCAGUAGGCUAUCAAAGUGUUUUCACAAGACUCGUUUCUUUUUACGAUUGGAUCGAAGAAGUUAUAAAUCGAAGAAACAUUACAAUAUCAACUUCUACUAAAACCACUACUACUUCUACAAAGAGUAGUACUACCAAAGCGUCAGUUUUGUUUGCAUGUAAUAGAUCUGCCUCAUGUGGUUGUGGAUAUAAUGAUGUAUUUUUAACAGCUUCACGCAUUGCUGGCGGCGAAGAUGUUGCAGACUAUAGUUGGUCAAUGAUGGUUUCACUUCGUUUUGACACACUCAAAACUCACGGUUGUGGUGGAACCAUUCUUUCAGCUUCGUAUAUUGUUACUGCAGCUCAUUGCGUAUGGAAAUAUUUAGAAAGACCAAGCAUUAUAACUGUAGCAGCAGGUAUAACAAAUCUAUUGGAAUCUACGGUUUACGUACGAAAUGUUUCUCAUAUAUAUGUGCAUCCAAACUAUUCCUACUCAUCCAGCGGUUUUCGUCAUGACAUUGCUUUGCUACGUAUCGAUCGGCCGUUUGUAUUUCACAACAACCCAAUUUUGACCAAAACUUGUGUGCAUCGUGUUGAUCUAAUAGUUCCUAUUAGUCAAUAUCUAAAGAAUGGUACACGUCUUGCUGUUAUUGGAUGGGGUACAAUGAGACCAGAACAUUCGCAAUUAACAGACCGUCUUCAACAAGUUCAAGUUUAUGUAAUGGACAAUCACGAUCCAGCAUGUUCCGACUUAAUCAAUGAUGCUGAUUUGCAAUUUUGUGCUGGAUCGUAUGAAGAAAGAAAAGGUCAGUAUAUUACAUCUCAAUGUUAA